CCGGCCCCCUCGGACUUCGGCGUGCACUGCAGCAGCCAGACCACCGUGCUGGACCUGGACACUCACGUGGUGACCACGGUGGAGAACGGCUACUUGCACCAGGACUGCUGCGCCUCCGCCCACUGCCCGUGCUGUGGCCAGGGCGCCCCAGGACCGGGCCUGGCGUCCGCCGCCGGCUGCAAGCGCAAGUAUUACCCCGGCCAGGAAGGGGAGAACGAGGAGGAGGAGGACCCUGGCGACCUGGGAGCCGAGCCCCCCGGGGGCGCGCUGUUCGCCCCCUGCAAGCGCGCCCGCUUCGAGGACUUCUGCCCGGACUCGUCCCCGGACGCGUCCAACAUCUCAAACUUGAUCUCCAUCUUUGGCUCAGGCUUCUCGGGGCUGGUGAGCCGACAGCCGGACUCCUCGGAGCAGCCGCCGCCGCUCAACGGGCAGCUGUGCGCCAAGCAGGCGCUCGCCAGCCUCGGCGCCUGGACUCGAGCCAUUGUCGCCUUCUAGGGACCCCCGAGGGCACGGGGACCCGGGGACCCGCGGGGCUGGGGGCCAGACAAAAGACUCGGCCGAGGGGCGAGCCGAGGGAAGGCACCGGGUGCCCGACCCCCGGCGCGGGGCCGAGCUGGGGGGCGAGCAGGGGAAGGCGGCUAAUGUUUUAUAAAUUGUAAAAUAAAAAAAGAAGAAAUCUAA